CGAACAAUAUGAAGCCCGUCGAGGCUUGCGCCGCCUGGCACAGCCUCAUGGCCACAAUCCACGGUUUUCCUUGGGCCAAAUGGUAUCCUUGUAUGCAAAUGCUCCUAACAAAACAAUGUUUGUCAUGACAAAGCUGUCGGCCAGUGGCCCACGAUCGGUCGGCGUUGUACAAAUAGAUUCGCGUCAUUUCCAUCACUGAUCCGAGUUCAACCACUCAAUUUCAGUCUUUGAACGCGUACAGUGAUUUGCGACCUACCAGCGAUCCAGCUUCAGAUGUCCGGACGCUCAACCUGUGUACCCGUCACGCAACCUGCCAAACAAGAGAGAAUCUGUGACACCACAGCACAUGGCGCCGACGGCAGUGUGGACGAAAGCCCGUCCGACGCAGUCAAAAUACACUUGCAGGGGCUCUUUGCAAAGGAGAUGCAGAGCGCUGCACAAGCGCGCACCCACGAGAAAGUUGCUGUUCUUCUGAUUCAAUGGGAGCCCGAAGGUGAAGAUUUCCUGGAUACACGGGAAGAGGUCGAAAACCUCCGGGUCGUGUUCGAAAAUAUCUACCACUUCUCUGUGCACCAAGCGACAUUGCGUACAAGCCCAACCAACUUUCCCAAGAAGCAGUUGAAUUAUCACAUCGCUAAGUUGAUCAACGAAGAGGAUGUGGGAAAUGCUCUGUUGAUAGUAUACUAUGCUGGUCACGCAAUUACAAAGGAGGGUGAGCUGUGGCUGUCAGGCGGCAAUCCAAAAGAGCAUCUCUCCGACCAUGAAACCCAGAUAUUGUGGGACGACGUUGAGCGCCACCUCGUUGAUGCGGACGCGGAUCUGUUGGUCAUCUUUGAUUGUUGCUAUGCCGGAGCACUGGCCUACGAUGCUCGAGCUCCCCAGUCUCCCAACAGAAUAUUCGAGUAUAUUGGAGGCACUCUACGCGACAGGACUGCUGAGGGCCCCGGAGAGACGUCUUUUACGAAUGCACUCGUCUGGGCUCUGAAGCAACUCUCGGAGCGUGUCGGCGGCUUCACGGCUAACAAACUGGUAUCGGUGAUCCGGGACGCUCCCUAUUUUCGCAAAACAACACAAGAACCGAUAUGGUCACCCAGAGGCGAGGCCGAAUCGUGUUACAUGCUGAACAUUGUCCCUUUGACAGCCCAAGGGCCUGUGCCAGAGCGUUCAGAUGUGUACCGCAGAGAAGACGCGAAAACAAUUUUUCUCGACCUGCAGCUUUGUUUCGACAAGUGUCCAAGAGAUAAGGACAUCGUAGGGUUGACCACCACCUUGAAGAAUUUGAUUCGUCGAGAAGACUUGCCUUUGAAGCAAGUGCGAUGGAGAGGCUUGUCCAAUGUCGACAUAAAGCCCGACAUGCGCGACGUAGCAUGGAAAGUCCUCCAGCAGGUCAAGCAGCGCAAGCUGCACACUCGCAGCCAUAUCGGAAAGGUUUUAACGAGCGGGCCGAUAGGAGAGACACAGGAGGCAGGAAACAAUGGUCAUCUGGCCAAACAACGAAAGAUCAAGCUAGUUGGGUGGAUGAAUUUGCGAUCCUGGCAUCACUAUGCGGCUCGAGCAUUGAAGUGCACUACAUGGGAUUUUGUCCAGCAGUGCCUCUGGUCGGGUUCAAAGCGGCAUGCAGGCCCAUUAAGAUCUUGAUGUCAGUUGGGGAUAUGGGUUUGAUCAAGCGAGGAAAUAGAUUGCGUCUUCCUGUGCUGUCCCUUCGACCCACUCGUUUGCUAGAGAGAUCGAUGCGGGCGACAUGCUUCAGUUCUUCCGAUGGAUGUGCCCUAGACUGCUAGGAGCCUGCAUUGGUCCUGGGAACACCAUAGAUCACAAAUUCCGGUGGCUAUUCAGCGACAUCUGAGGAAGAGCUCUUAGGCUGACCGGUGUGAUCUAGCAAUGCGCCUGCUGUACGAACGCGGC